GUAGAGGUAUUCAAUACCCUUCUUAAGCAUUUUGAUGGUGUGACAAGUGUCUUCAGUAUAUAUGAAACAGGCUUAUUUUCUGAAGAAUGGACCCCAAGUGGAAUACUGAUUUUGGUUCAAGAGUCGCCCCAAGAAGUUCAUUACUUUUACUGAUCCUUGAUGAAGCAGCCAGUACAGUAUCUGUAUAUUAUCCAGGGCCAAAGUUGUGUAUUGGCUAUCUGAUCCCUAAAGGAAAAUGUACUGAAAACCCAUGCAAAUAUUUUCAUCUGUGCAGAAACUUUUCUAUGGGUUGCUGCCAUUUUGGAGAAAACUGUAGAUACUCUCAUGAUGUAAAAUCUCCACACAACCAAAGAAUUGUCUUGCAAAAUGGCCUUGAUGAUUUCAGUGAUCAUGAGAUCCUAAGAUUAAUAGAGCUGUCAACUCCAAGAGUGUGCCGUGAUUACAAUCAAGGUGGUUGUAAGUAUGGAGAUGCAUGUCGCAGACUUCAUAUUUGUUCUAGAUUAGUUAGAAACAGCUGCUUGAAGUCUCCUGAGGCUUGCUUCAAUCAUGACAAGAAUUCCCCACAGUGCAAGAACAUUCUUGGGGCUUAUCAUCUACAGAAAAAUCCGAAUGUCUUUAAGUUCCUUUACACAGAGCCAGAAGAAGGAAAGACAAAAGUUCAGAAGCAACCAGAACACAAACGCUCCUACAGCGGUGACAUUGAACCUGUGAUGGAAGAAGUUGCUCCAGGUAGCGUUGAGGAACUUCGCAGUUCACAUCAUGUUGUUGAAAACCCUCCAGCAAAAGAAGAGGUCAAACAGCCAUUAAUGGAAGAUGAUAGUAGUUGCUACAGUGACCCAGAUAUUACAGAAAUCUGUGAGGCCUAUUUGAGGGGUGAGUGUUACAGCACUGAAAGUUGUAAGCGCCACCACUAUCAACUGCCCUAUCUAUGGCAGGUUUUACUGGAUGGGAAUUGGAUUUCUUUGGACAAAGAUGGCACCAACCAGAUGAUAGAACAGGCUUUCAGCAGACCAGAGUGCAAAGACAUACAGAUUACUUCAGGGUGUAAAGUUCACUCUGGUGGAAACACUGUUGUUAUUCGCAUCAUUGACUUCAAUACCAUGAAAGCAACUCUGGGUCUGACAGUACGGCGCCUUUCAACCCCCUCCUAUGUUCAAGUCAAAGAAGCUGAAAAAGAAGAGGCUACUGUCGGUAAUAUGACAACUCAGUGGAGGUGGUAUUGGCAAGAUAAUGGUUACAAAACAGACAGAAGAGGAAAUCUUGUGGAAAAUUGGAUGAUGUAUGAACAAGUGGAUGGAGGUGCACCAUAUCAGUCAGUCAUUGAAUUGAAAUUCCUUCAUGGUCAGAAAAAGUAUAUAUUCCAACAUGGACAGUUUAUAUACUCUCUGAACAUGUCCAAAAUGUACCAAAAAAACUGGGAAACUGGAAAGAUGAGGGCUGUUGUUCGCAGACCUUUGUUUUUUGGCAGCAAAUGUUUGGCCAGUCCAUCUCGACAUCUUCCAACCAUCCUGGAUGAAGCCCCUUCACACUGGUUCCCCAUUGAUACAGCCUCAGAUUAUGAAAUGAUUCCACUUGAAGAAUCAUCAGUCAAAUAUAAAGAAACUGAGAAAAUGUUUAUGGGCAGCAUUGGCAAUCAACAUUAUGAAGUCAAAAAGGUGUACCAAGUUCAGAAUCCUUAUCAGUGGCACAAAUACUGCAGCAAAAAGAAGUUUCUGUUGAGCAAACUGGGAGACAACUUGAAUGAAAAGCAGCUUUUCCAUGGAUCGGAUUCCUUUGAAGUUAUCAAAGCCAUCUGCAAGCAGAACUUUGAUGCACGCGUCAGUGGAAAAAAUGCAGUGAUGUAUGGAGAGGGGUGCUACUUUGCAAAAACAGCCAAGUAUAGUAACAACUAUACCGAUAGAAAUUCACACAGGCAGUACAUGUUUUUGGCCAGAGUAUUGGUGGGCAUGUACGUACAGGGACAGAAAGGAUUGAAAAGACCUCCAAGUGUAAACCCUGCCAAACUUGAAAGCGAUUUGUACAACUCCUGUGUGGAUAAUACCAUGUCUCCUUCCAUCUUUGUUAUCUUUGACCACGACCAGAGCUACCCAGAGUAUCUCAUAGAGUAUACAUGCACACAGCCUGACAGUGAAUUUUCCCCUCUCCAGUUGUCAAAUCCCUACAGUUCAGCCAACUUCUCUUCAACCAGCCCAGUACAUGUACCACCACCUGCACCAGCCAGACCCAAUUUGCCCAGUGAUGUUUAUGCUACACACUCCAGCAAUGUUUAUGCUGCAGGUUCAAGCACACCAUGGCAAACUACACAGUCCUCACAGGAACGUUUUGGCCAAAGCCCCAGGCAAAACAGACCCAAUUUGCAUAAAACCAAUACGGAUAAAAACUGCUGCAUCCAGUGAUUGUUGCUUCAGUGAUCACUAUUUUCUGUACGUGAUGGCUGACUGUGAAAGUUUACUGAUAUAGAAAUGUUUUGUCUUAAAUAAUCAGUGAAUCUAAGGUAAAAGAUUAUUUAGAAAAAAAGGGAGUUUUUUUUCCAACUUUGUAACAUUGUUUUAAGCUUCAUCACAAGAAAUUGUCAAGAAAAUCAAGGAAAUUGUCAGACCUUCAUCAAGGAAAUUGUUAGACCUCGUGCCAGUGCAGAAAUUUAAUCUAUUGCAAGUCUUGAAAAAUGAUUUGUAACAACUCUAAUGAGCGACAAUGUCGCUUGCUGUUAGCUGGCAUCUCGUAUACAAUUUACUACAAAUGGACUGAGAUGGUGGUCAGUGGAUGAGCCAGUCACUUUGCACAUUCCAUCUGAUGCUUGGGGUGGAUAAAUACAGUAUCAGCAGUGGUAUGUAGGGAAUUGAUUGGUUAUAUUAUAUAUAAAAACUUAGCCACAUACAACUUAAGUAUCAAACUUAAUUGGCUACUCAAUAUGCUAUUGAACUUAGUUCACAGACUGACAAGUUAUGAGGGAACAUCUGAGUUGGCCAAUGUCUUGCCCAUUAGCCUAAAGUCAAGAGACUUGGGAUCAAGACAAUCUAGUUCUUUAUCAAUAAGUGAUUAAGGUCUACCCUCUACCAGGGCCACAGAUUGAUUUUUCACUACAUAUUCAUAGAUAAUGUCUCUAGAUAAUUAUAGUACUUCUCUGUACUAUGAAAGAAGUGAAAAAUUCCACAUAAUAACUGCAGCCCUGGUAGAGGGUAGUUGAGGUCCAUUUUGAUAAGUUUCUAAAAUGAAGAAUUGCUGUUGAGUAUUGGUAAUGAAUUUAAGUAUUAAGGCCUUUUCUCAAAAAUUCAGAACUACCUUUGCAAAAAAGUUGUACCAAUGUUUUGAGAGACUGACAACUUCUGAACUUUUCAAAACAUACAGGUACAGUUUUUUUUCUCUUGAGGGAAUUAGGGCCUGAUUUAAAGUUGUAUCCUUGUUAGGAACCCAGUUUACUGUUGUUUUCAUUUUAAGGGUUUCAUUUUGGUUUGGUCCAUCUGGGAACUUUGGUGCUUCUACCUGGCUAAUAACACUGAGCUAAUGUAGAACCUACAAUGUUCUGGCUUGGCUGCAAUAAAACUAUUUGAACUCCCAGAAUGGACAUGCAGAAUUAAUUGUUAAUUGUGUAUAAACUAAAAAAAAAUUAAUGUGUUAUUGCUUUAUUGUAUGUUCCAUUAAUUAAUAAAUUGUUAAUUUGUUAAUGGUAUGUCUCUCUGUUACCAGCAUUAUGCAAAAGGUUGUGAACAGAAUUUGAUGAAUUUUACAGGAACUAUUGGGAGGAAAUCAAGCAACAAACGGCUACAUAUUCUGUGAUUUAUUAAUAUAUAAAUUUAUUAAUUAAUGAUUAAUAGUAAUGAGCUUCCUUGGAGGCCUAAGUGCAUUUCUAUUUCUUUAAUAAAAGGCAAAUCAUCUGCUCACAUCUUUUUGCAGUCAUGGUCAAACUAAUCUUUCUUAUUUUUUGGUUCAUUUUUUGGUCUGCAUUUUGAUUUCCUAGUGUUUAGAGCAUUGUGCUUCAGUUAAAUAUUUAAAAAUUCAUGCACUGCAUUAUUUUAGAAUCAUCAUACAGAUUUGGAUUUGGAGCAGGUUAUUUUUUGCUGUACUUCUGUUUUUGGAUUUGGUAAGCUACUGGGGUAAUUUAAGUCUCUAAAAUUUGUAUUUACAUGACUUUUUUUAGUUUAGAACUGACAUGUUGUUGGUUAGUGCUAGAAAAUUGUUGGGGAUCCCAGGAAAAAACUGGUUGUAUUUUUCUGUUAAAAUCAUAUAUACAGUCCCUUUGGAAUUAAUGUUACAGACUGUUGCCUCUGUAGUCAUAGUGUAAUAACAGAGACCACCUUUCGGUUGCCCUUCUUCAUUCUGUUUUUUUUUUUUUUUUUUCUCUCUGCGUGUACAAUAUUGGUAUCAACAACUACAUUGUCUUAAGUGUGAGACACUAACACAGGAAUUUUGUAGUUGGGAUUUUGUAUUGAUGUAAGGGAUUUUCUCUAUUUUAUGAUAGUAUAAUUUGACAUAUUCUGAUUUCCUUACUACUCUAAUUAACAUAAAAGGAGGAGAGGGUUACUUUAAGUCAGAAUUUUUGGGUGGCAUUAUCCUAAAAUUUUUGCAAUUAGAAAUUUGGAUGAAAGUAGUUUUGGUCAUGAUUCGUGUUCUUAUCAUCAUUUGAAUUGUACUUGUAUAUUAAUAAAUGGGUGUGGUAUAGUAUGUAUAUGUGUAGUAUGUAAAGUAGCCUCAUAAUGAGCAUGUGGGUUGACCUACUCGAUGUCACAGAACUCAUAACAACUGGCCAUUUGAUUAUGAUCAACACACCAUAGGCAAAAAAUAUGAUUCAUGUUGUCUGACACAUGAGCAUUAUAAUUAUCAUAUUCAAGACAACAGAUGGCAUGACUUAGGUAACUUGUUACCAACACUUUGCUUACAUUAAAUCAAAUGGGUGAAUAUACAUUACUUUCGUCAAAAAAGGUACAUUUAUUUUGCUGUGACCCUUUGUGGUCAUUAAUAUAAAUAAAUAUUCAUGGUGUCUUAUCAAUUUUAUUUUUCUCUGCUGGGUGUGCUGUUGCAAAUUUGUAUAUUUUCUUGAAAUUGUUUUUUCAUCACUUGGAAAGACAAAGGAAAAGUAGACUUUUGCAAUUCCUUGCUGUAACAUAUUCAUAGCAACAACAGGAUUUUUUUCUCAAAUAAUCUCUUUAUACUGGGCUUAAUGGAUAAUAACUCUUCAAAUGAGAUUUAAAAUUCCACAGUUAAUACAUAGUAAACAACACAGAUAUAAAUUCCAUUUUACCAUCAAAAUGUCACAAUCUGUCCUUUCCUGCAGACUUUGUGGACCUUCAUUGAUGGCUAUCCUCCAUAAUAACCUCUUAAAAGAUUAUUAGAAAAACCUCACUUAAAAAUAAAUUUUACUUUGAAUGAUGGAACAGAUUCAUUAACUUUUGAAAAGUAAAAUUUGUUUUAUUGCACUUUUCCCUCAAAAAUGAAGAGUUGUUUUUUUAUUGAAUGUGGACCUUGCAAAGCCAUGCACUGUGAAACUUCUAACCAAAACAGAUACGCUUCUCUAAAUAGUAUUUAGCAUGCACAUUUUUUAUAUAGAAUGUCUGUUAAUUUUCCUUAUCACAUGAAACCACUUUUGACUGGCACCUUCAUGGAUUGAUGAAAUGAAAUAGCAGAGAAAACAAGCUAUAUUCUGUCACAUGCAUUAUACAGUCAAAUUGACAGUGAUGCUUGAUGUUGUAGGGCUGGUUUCAUGAGACGAGGCAAUUUUGAAAAUCUUUCAGCAUCUCACACUAUGUUUAGCUGGUCUAGCAUCAAAUGGCAAAUUAAAAUCUCUGUGCCACCUGUGACCUAAUAAGACUCUAUAAGGGAAAUCAUAGGAAGUUAGAUUAGCCUUUAAUGUUGAGGUGAUUAUAAUCACGUGACUAAGAAAGGCCGUUUUGAGUUUGGUCAACCCAUUUUGCCUAGAAGCAUGAAUUGACUACAUUGUGAUCAGUUUUAAGUGAUUAACAGGUCAAAGGGGCAUUUGAUUUUUUCAAUAAAUUUUAGUAAGACAAAAAGUUAAUGUUGAAGUCAAAUAGGUAAAUCCAUUUAGAUAGGUUGUAUUUGUAGAAAAAUUGACAAUUUUUUCUUUUUUUAAUGAUUAAAAAAACAAGAUUGGUAGUUGUUCUAUGAAACAUAUUUUCUUCUGUUAUAAUAACAUACACUAAUCUUUGACCAUUUGGAUGAUUUUGCAAAUUUUUUUCAAGUUUAAUGCAUAAUCUAAACUUUUUAAUUGAUAAAACCAUCUCCGAUAUAAUUUUGCUAUUUGAUGUACUGCAUACCGAUUUCAAAUAAAUUAGAUUCAGAAUGAACAAGAAUAUGGGUGGU